UUAAACAGUUGCGCGAACACGUCGCUUUCACAGGAUUUGCGGAGUUCACAUUGAGGAACAAUCUAUACUGAAUAUUGCUACUUGGGGUUCUGGAGCAAAAUGAGACGAAAUCACAAUUACAGCUGUUCAUCUGAUAGCGAACUUGAUGACAAUAUAGAAGUGGAGAAGGACAGUGGUGACGAAAAUGUAAACCUUGACUCUUCGCAUGACUUGAUGUCACCCCCGAAAACCACUCCAACUCAAGCCAGAAAACGACGCAGAGGAAUUAUUGAGAAACGGCGACGUGACCGAAUCAACAACAGCCUGACAGAUCUCAGAAGACUUGUGCCAAGUGCGUUUGAGAAGCAGGGAUCGUCAAAAUUGGAAAAAGCUGAAAUUUUGCAGAUUACUGUAGAUCAUUUGAAGAUGAUACAUGCUGCCAGCGGACAAGGGUAUUUUGAAGCCCACGCCCUGGCCAAGGACUACCGCAGCCUGGGCUUCAGGGAGUGUCUGUCAGAGACGGCCCGCUACCUAAGCAUCAUGGAGGGCUGGAACAGUGUUGACCCACUCCGCGUACGCCUGGUCUCUCACCUCAACAACUACGCCUCUCAGAGAGACAUCCACACUGGAUUGACUGGACACACUGGACAACCAGCCUGGGGCUCUGCUUUGAGGACACCCUCCGCCCACCUGCCACACCCCCUCUUACCACUCCCCCAGGGACGGACACUAGCCCCCCACAGUACCAGCAGCCCACCCUCCUCCUGCUCCAUCUCCUCCAUGUCAUCCCCCUGUUCAACUGAUACCUCAGUGACCUCCAGACUCAGUGUGACGGCCCCCUCAGAGGCACUCAGGGUGCCCCCCAAUGACAAUCUACCCCUGGGGCUGGCCCUGUCAGUCUCAGCCUCCAAGCUCUCCCAACCACCACCCCUCUCCUCCCUGUCUGCCUUCUCCUUCACUACUUUUCCCCUAGUGUCUCCGGCAGCCCUCAAUUCAGCAGGCUCCUCCACAGCCCUGAGAAAUCAGCCUUACAGGCCCUGGGGGACCGAGAUCGGGGCCUUCUGAACUCUGGUGAUCAUCAGGACCGGAAGGCAACAACUUAGAUCCCUGCCUCCCUCCAACCUGCCUCCUGCCAACACUCCACAAACCCAGCAGGAGUACCUGGCUGUCUCAUCUGUUUUUCCCCUCUGGCAAUGAGGGGGAUUGGGUAGGCUAAUGCAACCUCCCUUGGUCAGUACUGCUGUAUAAAGGAACGUAGAUAAGUUUUCUAUCCUAUAUGUUAUCAUGAAUAAUUAAUGUUAAAUGUUGUUGUGAGCCCAGGUAUGGACUCCAAGGUAGGAAAGGACUGACUAUUGUUUCAUGACCACAACUAAUUUCAUUUGGUUUAUUAUCAGAGUGCACUAAGAGAAGGAUUUUGGGGUAUUUGUAGGUCAAAUAUAAUAUUGUAAAAAUGGAACUCCUGCAGCUUUGAAAGAGAACAGACAUCUGCAAUGUAUCAUAAAUGGAGUUACACAUAAACUGGAUGUGCUAAUACUUUAGUUAUGUCUAUAUGGGAUUGUCCAACAUGCUUUAUAUAGAAAGCAACUUUGAAAACGUAGUUUUGUAAUGUUUUUGUACCAAUAAAGUGAGUUUGUAAGAA